CCAAAAAUGAAAGAAAAUCGAAACCAAAACCUAGUCAUACUACAACCGUUCGGUUCCUUUUUGCCAUGCCCAAUUGCCCAAUUUUCUGAAAUACGAAACAGGCCUGUGUCAUCUUCAUAAUGGCAUUCGACUCUUAGCCCUGUUUGAAGUUGCAGUUCAAGACUACCCAACUGACACAAACCCAACAUGUACUGUUUCUUCGGAGACCUGUCGACCGACGCGGUUUAGCGGUGGAAAUAGUUGUUCUGCUGACUGCUUCACUGUAUGUAUGUUGAAAUGGUUGAUAUUUGUCAGAAAUGUGGAGACAGAGGUUUUCUUGAGGCUUUAAAUUAUUGUAAAAAAUGUCAGGCUUAUCCCAUCCAUCGCUAUUGCCUAGAUCCAUUGCCAGAAUCUUUUGAUGAGUAUGUUACUUGGCUUUGUGAAGAUUGUGAGGCAACCAUUUUGCCAACAGUAAAUUCUAAAGUUCAAUUAAAAAAGGAAAAGCUUGUAAAACGACUCGAGAAGAAAAAAAAGAAAAAGAAAAAAAAGAAGAAAACAAAGAGGAAUGAUGAUUAUGGUCAGAGUAAUCCCCUUCAACUACCUGAGGCACAUUGCAGUGAAAAGAAGAAUGAUACAACACCUGGAGGGCCAGGAGAGCCAGUAUGUGAAGGUGGGGCCAGUCACAGUCAAGUCGCUACAUCAUCUGAUGCGUGUAAUUCCAUGAGGCACGACUAUUAUGUUGCACAGCCUAUAGUAGAUCCAGUCUGGAGGGGAACUUUAAAUUUUUGGAACCAAAGCAUUAGCAGAGUUUGCGUAGUUGUUGCGCAUGUGUCUAGCUUAGCAUGCUCAAAAGUGUACGAGGAGGCAAAGAUGUUACCUGAGUUACUUUCCGUUGAAUUACUUCGUAGAUGUGAUGUAUGGCCUAGAGGAUUUAAGAAAUUGGGGCCAACUGAUCAAAGUAUUGCUCUGUAUUUCUUUCCAGAUGAGGAAAGCCAAAAGGCGUUUGAUCUUCUGGUAAAUGCAAUGAUGUGCCAGGACCUAGCCAUGAAGGCUGUGUUGAAAAAUGCAGAGCUAUUAGUUUUUACUUCCUCCAUGUUACCAAUGCGAUACUGGAGAUUUCAAACAAAGUACUAUUUAUGGGGCGUCUUUCGUGGAAAGCAAGUGCAACCGAGAAAUAACGUCGCUUCUGAGGAGGGAUCUUUUGCUGAUUCAUCACCUUGUAUGCAAAGCCCUAUAAGUCCUAUAAGUCCUUUAAGCAACACCAGUAUUCUUCAUUCUGGGUCACUUCGUUCUUGCUCUCCUCUGUCAUAUGACUAAUUGGUUGAUCAAAAUCAGUACUAGGUCUCUAAGUGGCAAUAGAUUCGAACUCUGGCAUUGAUCUCAGGACGAACAUAAUUCCAGUUGCUAACCAAAAGACAGAUGCUGAAGAAUUCUGAAUUGAGGUCAGGAAUGGUGAGAGCUCAAAAAGUCUUACGUUUAAGUUGGAAACAAUUUUGGAGGAUGAGUAGAUGAUGAAUUUAUAUCGUCUUUCUUUCUGGUGUAGAUGUACAUAGCUCCUCCCCAACUUCGGCUCUUUUGAGGCUAUUUCAGUAACUUUCCAAUGUUCGUUUCUUCACAGCACCAAUGCUGUAUGCUAAGGAGAGACGAGUGACUAAAUAGUUUCCCCUUAACACCGAAGGCCAUUUGAAUUUAUAGGGGAAGUGCUGCCCUUGCCAUUCGCAGUUCUUUUCGGGGAAUGGCUUUUGUAUUGUGGCUUCGGUUUUACCUCUUUGUUGGUGAUGUAUAGCUAUAGCAAAACAAAGCUUAACUUGAAUAUCUAAACUUAUAAUUUUUAGUGUGAAACCUUCUCAAGCCUAACAUCUAACCGAUCCAUGUCAAUAUUGUUGGUGAGUUGGCUGGGGGUUCUAAAGGGAGAGGUUAUUGUUCUUGUAGUUAUGCUUGUUAUUUAGGUUAAUAGCAAAUAUGUUGCAUUUUUCAUAACCUCAACAUGUGUUAAUGACUCAUGGUUAAGGAUAUAUGAUGUUACAGCAAGCUAUGUUUUGUGGUC